AUGUUCAUUCAGCUUGAUGAAGAUAUGGACCGCGUAAAUCUCGAAACAGACCGUGCUUUUUUCAACCAUGUUCUCCUGUCACGUCCUCAACCAACGUCAGCUGCUACCAGCAAAAUUCCAGUGAAAGUUGUUAUUCAAACUGCCAUAACCACAGUAACUUUGCAGAAGGAUCUGUGUCAGCUGUUUUCGGAUGCAGUAAAGGAAAGUGGCACAGAUGGAUCACUAGCUGGUGUAUGGACUGAAGUACUCGCAUUAAUCGAUCGGAAGGUUUGUACCAUUGAUUUUACUUGCAGUUUUGUCGAGCACAUGGUUGCACAGGUUGAAAGAAAUCUAGAACGCUCUCAGCGAGGAGGAGUUCCAGGUACUAGAGGAUUAGUGGACGCAUUCCUCAAGAUAGGAGCAGACGAUUCUUUUGCGGAAGAUGGAACUGUUGGAGGACUACCGGUCUGGGAGGUUACCUACCAUUGUCUACGAGCUGGUGAUCUAUCCAGUGCUAGAGACGCACUUGAGCUUUUGGCUAACUUUCCACAAGCAGCAGUUCUCGUACUUAAAAAGAAGCUGAAGGUGGAAUGGAGGCACAACCUGAAUUCAACGAAAGAUAAGUACAAGCGAGCACUUUAUGCAACGUUACUCGGAUUGGACUCCAAUCUGGCGGAUUCUCUUGAAAACUGGCUAUGGUUCAAAUUAUUCACUUUGAGAAUUGAUCCGAAUUUAUCAGCGACUCUCUACGCCGAAGUUCAAAAGAACAUAUCCAUUGACUAUGGCGAAUCAUAUUUCAUGGCUGGUGGUAUACUCGAGUUCCACUACUACUUUACAGUACUUUGGCUUUCUGGGCAGUUUGAACGUGCUGUGAAGCUCCUUUUUGACUGUGGUCAUGUUACUGACGCUGUACAUGUUGGCAUACUCGCUUAUGAAAUGGGUUUUUUGCGGAACACAAUCGAUGCAGCGGCGGAAUUGUUAGUAGUGGACUCAUCCCACCUCACAAAAUGCUCGUUCAAUAUGGCACGUUUGCUAGUUUCUUACACUAAAGAAUUCGAAUUGGAUGAUUACGCUCGAGCACUUGAUUACUGGUUUAUUUUGAAAGGAAUACGAACGCCUUCUGGGAGUGACGUAUUUGAAAUGGCUGUUAGCCGAGCAGUAUAUCUUACUGGACAGACUGACGCUAUUAUAGGAACUCUCGGACCUGAAAGGAAACGAACUCCUGCGUUGAUUGAUGAGUAUAUUGAGAAUCCGUCUGAUGUUAUUAGCCGUGUAGCACAUGACACAGAACUUGGAGGGGAUACAACCCAAGCCGUAAAGUUGUAUAUACUUGCAAAUGCUCCCGGAAAAGCUGCUGAUCUAUUAUGCUCUGAACUUAGUGAUGCCAUCAGGUCGGCCAGCGAAGCGGCUUUUUCUACGUUAUGCAUAUUAUUAGAUAUUACUACUUUAAUUGAUUUGUGUGAAGUUGGCAUAGCCGAGAAAGCGUUAAGUGUUUCUAAACAGCUACGACUGAUUCCAGCGGAAACAGAACAAGUACCUGUGAUAGUUGGAGAGUUUCAUUUAGUACCUACGAAGGUGCGCGAAGUAAUACCCGAUCUUUGCCUCCAUCUUAUGCGAUGCAUGGUUGACGCAAUUCAGGCUGCUUCAUCUCACAGUGUGAUGUUUAAUAAACAGGUGAAAGCAAUUGUUAUCUACGCAGCUACUGUGAACUACAAAUUCCCACAGCACAUUACGUCCAAACUAUUGCAACUACAGGCGUCCGUUGCGGUGUACCAAUAG